AUGUCCUCAACUGCUCUGACAAGCUUCCAGUGGUUUUCCUAUACCUGCUACACAGCUAAUCCUCGCUCCCUGAGCCUUCGACCCCCCAGCGGCAUCCAACCCUCCCCCAGCCCUACAGACAUGUCUCCUUCUCCUCCCGGGAUACCGGCAGAGCUCCUUCCAGAAGUGGAACAACAGAUACCAGGCGACUUACUAGGAGCCGGGCCUGCAGCCGUUCGAACACUGAAUGCUAGAGAGGAGAAUGUUCAGGGAAGAAUGAACUUUGUCCGACCGGCUUCGUCCUGCAGCCACCAGCCACCACCUCUCCCCGCUGAAGCCUGUUCCAUUGCAAAUUCGGACCACCCGGACAAUGGUCAGGAGAGCGACGCCAAUGCUUUCCACCCUGCCCGUCCCGAUCCCGCUGCAAUAGGUAUACUGGUGACUUGUGUAUCGUCGAACACCACAAACAUAGCAGCGCGAAUAUGA